GCGGGUAGAGCUGCUCGCGGAGCGAAGGAUACUGAAUAAUACAUUUAAGGAAAAAAUGGAUGAAGAACCUGAAAGAACUAAGCGAUGGGAAGGAGGCUAUGAAAGGACAUGGGAGAUUCUUAAAGAAGAUGAAUCAGGAUCACUUAAAGCUACGAUAGAAGACAUUCUCUUCAAAGCAAAGAGAAAAAGAGUAUUUGAGCACCAUGGACAAGUUCGACUUGGAAUGAUGCGUCAUCUUUAUGUGGUAGUAGAUGGAUCAAGAACAAUGGAAGACCAAGAUUUAAAGCCAAAUAGACUGACUUGUACUUUAAAGUUAUUGGAAUACUUCGUAGAAGAAUAUUUUGAUCAAAAUCCUAUUAGUCAGAUUGGAAUAAUUGUAACAAAGAGUAAAAGAGCUGAAAAACUGACCGAACUCUCAGGAAACCCAAGGAAACAUAUAACAUCUUUGAAGAAAGCUGUAGAUAUGACCUGUCAUGGAGAACCAUCCCUCUAUAACUCCUUAAGCAUGGCUAUGCAAACUCUAAAACACAUGCCUGGACAUACAAGUAGAGAAGUCCUAAUCAUCUUUAGCAGCCUCACAACUUGUGAUCCGUCUAAUAUCUAUGAUCUAAUCAAGACCCUAAAGGCAGCUAAAAUUAGAGUGUCUGUUAUCGGAUUAUCUGCAGAGGUUCGGGUUUGCACUGUACUUGCUCGUGAAACUGGUGGCACAUACCAUGUUAUUUUAGAUGAAAGCCAUUAUAAAGAAUUGCUGACACAUCAUGUCAGUCCUCCGCCUGCUAGCUCAAGUUCUGAAUGUUCACUUAUUCGCAUGGGAUUUCCCCAGCAUACCAUUGCUUCUCUGUCUGAUCAAGAUGCAAAACCCUCUUUCAGCAUGGCGCACUUGGAUAGCAACACUGAGCCAGGACUUACAUUAGGAGGGUAUUUCUGCCCACAGUGUCGGGCAAAGUACUGUGAGCUUCCAGUUGAAUGUAAAAUCUGUGGUCUUACUUUGGUGUCUGCUCCGCAUUUGGCACGGUCUUACCAUCACUUAUUUCCUUUGGAUGCUUUUCAAGAACUUUCUCUAGAAGAACAUAAUGGAGAAAAAUUUUGUUAUGGAUGUCAGGGGGAAUUGAAAGACCAACAUGUCUAUGUUUGUGCUGUGUGCCAAAAUGUUUUCUGUGUGGACUGUGAUGUUUUUGUUCACGACUCUCUUCACUGUUGUCCUGGCUGCAUUCAUAAGAUUCCAACUUCUUCGAGUAUUUGAUUCCAACAUAUAGUACACAUUGUAUGUGUUAAAAGGACAUUUGCAACUGUUAAAAAGUGAUUCUUCAGAAGAAGCUCCGAUUAAGAUAUGAAGACCAGUUUGAAAGGAAAAUCUGAUUGAAGAAACUUUUUGCUAAGAAAAUGUAGGAUUGGGGCACCUGGCUCAGUCAUUUGGAAGAGCAUGAGACUCUUGAUCUCAGGGUUAUGAGUUCGAGCCCCACGAUGGAUUGCUACAAGGUAAAAUAAACUUAAAAAAAAGGGAGGGAUGAGGGGGAAAAAAAGAAAAUGUAGGAUUUUAUUAAAUUUUAAAAUUUGUGUCCUGUCACAGAAAUGCCCAGGAUUUAAUAGUACUUCACUUGGUUAA